AUCAUUGUGCUUGAUACAUCGAAAUGUGUUCCGUACAAAACUCUAAGAAGGUUCAAGUGACCAUUGCAAUUUUAGGCAUUAUAAUUCCCUUGGCCACCAUGGGCAUACCUUUUAAAUAUCAAACAUCUGUUUUUGCCAUUCUGCGACCCAUAGAACUGGUGGCUUCUGGCUUACUCAUCUUUGGACUGCUAAAGCAACGAAGUGUUCACAAAAAGGAGAUUAUCUUGACCUGGUUGAUCUGUUCUUCGGUCUUUAUAGCUGGCAUUUUGUAUAAUUUCCUUCAGUAUACGUGGCUGUUUUAUAAAGAUGAAAUUUCAGCGAUAAUCAGUGGCAUUCUAUUGCCUGUUGUAGCUCUGAUGUGCGGCAUGAUGUACGUGAUGUACAACGCCUAUGUGAAGCUGAUUGAUGACAGCGAUGAAAAAUUACUGCCAGCCUAAGGGAGGCACUCUUUUUCCCGCCCCAAGAAGAAGUUUUCUCUGCAAUUAGGGGGAUUGGGGGGAAAAUAAUGCUAAUGAGUGGAAGAACUGCGGCUGAGUUCGAGUGGCAAGUCGACUAAUUACAGUGAAAACCAAACUACGAGUGGCUUAAAGCUUGCCUUAUGGGAGGAAAUAAAAAAGUGAGUUCUUUCCACAUGUUGUGCGUCGCUCCCUGGAAAAGUUUUCCGGGAAAAAGUUUGUCAAUUUGCACGCGGGUUUGUAUUUUUUCAGCUGCAUUUAAUUAGAGGUUGUGAAAAGCCA